AUGACUCCUUCAAUCGAGGGUGCGGGCAAGGAAGGGCUUGUUGGCGUACAGGAGCAGGCAGUCGAUGGACCAGCGGUGGUGGAAGAGGGCAAGGAUACAAGACCGAUAGAGGAGCCUCCUUCGCGCUAUACGCCUAGGCAAACCAAAUUCAUUGUGUAUAUGGUCGCCGUGACUUGCUUGUUCAGGUAUGACCUUGCUCUCACCAAUGCGAACAUAUACUUCCCGGCCAUACCUACGCUGACCGGCGUCUUCCACAAAUCAACAUCGUCGCUCAACUUGACCGUAACAGUUUACUUGAUCCUGCAAGCUAUCGCGCCCAUGGUAUGGGGCCCCGUAUCUGACUACUAUGGACGUCGGCCGACCUAUCUCAUCUGCUUCGCCAUCUUGGUGUUCUCCAGCCUUGGGCUCGCCCUCGUGCCCACGAAUGCCUUUUGGCUGCUCUUGCUACUUCGAUGCUUCCAGUCGGCAGGUUGCUCGAACACGACAGCUCUCUGCGCAGGUGUUAUAGGCGAUAUCACAAGCAGGAGGAACCGUGGCGGCCAUUUUUUCUCCGCGAAUGUUGGUUCUCAGUUGGCGCCUGUACUAGGGCCAGUACUGGGCGGAGCCUUAGCAGGUGGCCUCGGGUGGAGGUCGAUCUUCUGGUUUCUGUGCAUUCUCUCUGGAAUCUGCCUUGUUCUCAUAUUCAGUUUCCUCCCAGAGACCUGCGCCGCUGUCGAGAUUGGUGACAGCAAAGUGAAGAAGGUCAUCUACUCACCGGUCUUCAAUAUUGUUGGGAAGGCCACGGACGAGAAAUCAGAGAAACCAGCCGCGGCGGAACGAAAGGGAAUUCGCAAUCCUCUGCCGCUCUUCCUGAACCCUGCUGUCGCGCUUGCCCUCGCCUACACUGCCAUGACUUACUCUGUCUGGUACUGCGUCACCGCAACCAUAUCCAGCGCCUUCGCCGUAAACUUGGUCCACGGGCGUGUGCUGGACGCGGAAUACCGGCGCAUGCAUCGAAAAUGGGCUACUCAGCAGGAGGCGGAUGCGGAGAAGGGUGUUCCGAGGAGCGGAAGGAGCUUUCCUGUCGAGCAUGCGCGCUUGCGACUUAUGCCGCUGCAUGUCGCCGUAUUUUCGUCGUGCGUCAUUGGAUGGGGAUGGGCGGUGCAGGCGGGUGCGCAUCUUGCGAUUCCGCUUGUUCUGCAGCUGCCAGUGGGCUACACGUCAAAUGCGAUCCUGAAUACGACUACGACACUCAUGAUUGACAUUGAGCACGCGCGGAGCUCGAGUGUCACAGCUUGCACGAACCUCGCACGUUGCAGCCUUGCCGCCGUGAUGACUGCAGUCAUCGACUACAUCAUCCGAGCACUCGGCUACGGUUGGACGUACGUUCUCAUGGGAGGUGUGGCGGCGCUCACGAUUCCUCUUUUCUAUCUGGAGAUGAUCAUGGGUCCGCGAUGGCGCGAGAGUCGAGAGGCAAGAGCAGCAAAUGCCUGA